CAUUGAGCCCCAUGGGGGGGAGGGGCGGUGGAGGAUUGUGUUUCCCAGGAUUCCUCGGGGGGGGGCGGGAAGCGAGACAUCCCAUAAUUCCUGGGCUGAAUGGAGCGGGGACGUUUCCCAGCAGGCUCUGCACGCGGUCCUGGGGGAGGGGGAGGAAAAGGCGCCUACACACCCCAGCAGUCUUUGCGCGGCGGGACUGCAUUUCCCAUGAGGCUCGGCGGUGGCCCGGCCCCUUCCCGUCGUGCCCCGCGCGCAGGGAUGGCGGGCGCCAGCGAGCCGCGGCUCUCGGCGGCGGAAUUCGAACGGGUGAAGCUGAGUUACCUGGAAACCAUCACCCAGGAGCUGCAGGAGGCGGCCGGGCUGAUGGGGCAGCUGGACCGGAACCUGAGCGCCUGGGCCCGGCGGGCGGGGCAGCCGGAGGCGCUGGCUCAGGUAUCCCCCCCCCGCCCCAAUGGUGUGGUGCCGAUUCCAGGCCCAGCUGGCUGCCACGUGCGCGGCCCUGGGGCCCCCCUGCCUCCUGCUGCCCAGCCCAGCCCAGCCCCGACCCCCAGCUGGAGGGAGACUGGAGCCGCCCGCCCUGCCCGGGGCUGGUCAAUAAACGCUGGUUCCGGCCUAGGCCCGCCUCUCGCCUGGAUCCUUCUCGCCGCCCCCAGGCGCCAGGCCGGGCAAUAAUCGGUAGCUUUUAUUUAUAUAUAAUAGAAUCAACAUCUGUAA